AUGCCCGGGGUGCCUUCCAACAAGGCUUGCGAGCGAUGCAAAAAGAGGCAUCUCAAAUGUGAUGAGACUCGCCCUCAUUGUCAGCGGUGCACAACUGCCGGGGUAGAAUGUCCCGGAUAUGUUCAAACUCGCAAGUUCAUCGAUCAAGGAGCAACAGUAAGACGCCGCUAUGCUCCAUACCAGGAGCCUCCAAGGCACAGCUCUCCGCUUAAUUCAAAUAAAGGCCCCUCAGAGCCCAGCUCAGGCCCAUCGCAGCCAAAAGGGUCGCAGAUAGGGUUUAAUGAGCAAAUCUUGCAAUGGGACCAGCCUCCAGAGAAUGUUGAUCCCACCCUUCACCUACAGAUGGGCGAAACGCGUCUAGACUCGCGUGAUGAUUCAAUGGCGGUGGAUAUGUCGGGUCCUCCUAGCCGGCCAGAGCCUGCCGUGGGAGGUAUCCAGCAAAUGAACAUGAACGCUUCUGAAAGCCCACCUAUCUCUAUUCCUAAUCCAGUCUCUGCCAUGGAAGACGGCAGCGGAUCCAUGAGAGAUACGAUGUAUGGAGAAAUUUCACCCAACACUAGCGCAGGAGGGUUUCCAACAUUUGAGAACCCAUACAACAAAAUUCCACGCAAACGUCCCGAUUACCAGAGCGUGAUGUCUGAGAGUUCAUCGCUUCGAAGUGAGAAGGAAGAGUUCCAAGAUAUCUUCUCGGAGCUCAUGACUGGUACUGAACACGAGAUUGCGUUCCUCACUCGACAUUUCUCUGAGAUCAUAGGGCCAUGGUUGGACUUGUCGGAUGCUCAAAAGUUCUUCACCGUCUAUGCUCCUAUUCGAGCCAUCAACAAUAUGUCCGUGAAAUAUGCCAUUGCAGCGCUAGCAGCCAAGCACUUAGGCCGUUUGAAAGGGGCCAAAUCUUCCAUGGGUGGCAUGUUCACAAGUCCCGCCAGCACGGAAACCUACCCAAAUGCCACUCAAGUUGAUUGGUUCCUCAAGGCUGCCAAUUACUAUUAUCUGGCAGCUAUGGAUUUAAACAACAAUACGUCAGAUGGCUAUACCACUGUGUCUAGUUCAGCCAUCCUCGAGUCCCCAUUUGAGAUCGUUGGUCGAUGGGUCAAUUCUAGCCAUAUUCAAGCAAACUUGAAACCCGCGAGCGAAGAUUCAAAUGAUAUGUCGCUUAUUCGAAAGUCAGAAGACCUUUUUGCGACUGCCACGCUUCUCACCAUGUACAGACUCCUGGAUUUGCCUGGAGAUGAAUGGCACAUGCAACUGUCUCGAGUUUGGCCUUUGUUUGAGUCCAUUCUCGCUCUACAUUCGGAAACAUCCACCCCAUUUUCUCAUGGGAUCCGAGCUGCCUUCUGGAAUUUCGCUCGUCAAGACUAUAUCGGUUCCUAUUUCACCCGCUCACCCACCCACUUCGACCCAGAAAACCUGCCGCUUUGGCGAGCGGCAGGCAUUUCAAUUAAUGACCAGAAAGCCUUUAAUAUCAUCCAGCAUGGCUCAUCUUUAUCGCAAGAGGACCAAGCCGCCAAUGGCUUGAUCUGGCUUGUCACGAAAGUCAUCAAUUUCCUCGCAAGGUCUAAACAAUUGCAGCUCGCACAGUGGACAGGAUCUCCACCUGCAUCUUCACCCGAUAUCCCACCGGCAAGCGUUGUCCAACUGCCAUUUCCAGAUAUGGAUUCCUGGCUUAAAUUGUCUUUCGAAUUUCAGACAUGGUUUGAAAAUGUCCCAGAAACAUUCCGUCCUUCCGUGCGAAUCGAUCGCCCUAAGGAUAUUUCCAAACCGAUGGAAGGGAGUUACUUGCCAUUUCCGGAGAUCUUCCACGGCUCAACAGCCUGUGCUGCUACCAUGCAACAUUACCACUUCGGACGCAUCGCAUUGUUGCUAAAUCGUCCGACCGAUGUGAUCGGUGCACCCUCUACUGCGUUCGACCGCUUACAGGGCUACCGGGAGGUCACGAAAGAGGUUGAAUUUCGCUCCCGGGAGCUCUGUGGUGUUGCAUUGGGCCGUCCACAAGGUGGAGUUCGCAUAUACAUGGUACCGCUCCUUGUCGCUGUCGGACAGUGUUUAGAAUCCACCGAAGAACAUCAGAUUAUUGUCGAUCUGCUACGGGGCGUUGAGGCUGAUUUGGGCUGGGCUACGGAAUACGCCGUUCGGAAACUCCAGGAGUCUUGGAACCAAUGA